AUGAUAUUUGAUAGAACAAUACCUUCGGUGAAAGUCUUUUUAUUACUCCUCUUUCCCAAUCGUUCUUUUACUCCAUCACCGAUCAUGUCUUCCAAACGCAAAGCCACCACAAAUCCUACAAAUGAUACGAAAAAGCCUAAAGCAAACGGAUCAAUUACCUCAUUCUUUGGUCCACCAAAAACCGUUUCUUCAACUACGAAAGUCACUGGUACCUCGACGGAUACUAUUGCCCCAGCUCCAGCGACAUUCAAAUUCAAUAAGGAGAAAUGGGUAGCUACAUUGACAGAAGAACAGAAAGAUCUGUUGAAAUUGGAGAUUGAGACACUUCAUGAGAGCUGGCUGGCGGUGUUAAAAGAUGAGAUUAUGGGGAAAGAAUUUCUGGAAUUGAAGAAGUUUUUGAAGAAGGAAUUAGAGGGAAAAGAUAAGAUAUUUCCUCCCAUGGAGGAUGUUUAUUCUUGGUCAAGACAUACACCUUUCAAUACUGUCAAAGCCGUAAUCAUCGGCCAAGAUCCAUACCAUAACUUCAACCAAGCUCAUGGUCUCUGUUUCUCUGUCCGCGCUCCUACACCGGCUCCACCGUCCCUCAAAAAUAUCUUCAAAGCCCUCGCAAAGGACUAUCCAGACUUCAAACCCCCUCCAAAUAACGGUGGUCUCCUCACUCCAUGGGCGGACCGUGGUAUCCUUCUCUUAAAUACCUGCCUUACAGUUCGAGCUCACCAAGCCAACUCUCACGCAAACCAUGGCUGGGAGAAAUUUACCCAGAAAGUCAUAGAUACAGUUGCUCUUAAAAGAACAAAAGGAGUGGUGUUUUUAGCAUGGGGAAGUCCUGCGGGAAAAAGAGUCGCAAAGGUGGAUAAAAAUAAACAUUGUGUUUUAAUGAGUGUACAUCCUAGUCCGUUGAGCGCGAGUAGAGGAUUCUUCGAAUGUCAACAUUUCAAGAAGACGAACGAAUGGUUAAAGGAGAGACAUGGAGAGGGUGCAGAGAUUGAUUGGAGUUUAGAUGUACCUGCCGUAGAAGCGGGUGUUUAG